GCACAUCACAUCACUAGCGUCUGUGGUUCCGUUUCGUUUUAGCGAACUCAAUUUCUCCUAUUUUAUAUUGCAUUUUCCGUUAAGAGUAGCCUACAAUUCUGCAAGAUGUCGAUGUUUUGGGGUUUGAACAUGAAGCCUGAGCGCAAGUACUCGCAGACGAUCAUCAAGUCGUUCCACAUCUCGGGCGUGGCACUCGACAAGGGCCAGGAGGCCAAGUUGUACCUCGCUGCCGAGAAGCAGGAGUACAUCGUGGCCACCGUGACCAAGGCCAUUCCACAGGUUGCGCUCGACCUGAACUUCAGCAAGGGCGAUCGCAUCAUGUUCUACACCGCCGGCGACGCCAGCGUUUCUCUGUUGGGCUACUUGCACGACAUUGAUUCCGAAGAUGAUGAGGAUGACGAUCAAAUGACGAUCGAGAAUUUGCUGAACUCCAAGGCGAUCAAGAAUAGCAAAAAGUCUGAAGAUGAUGAGGAUGAGAAUGAGAGCGGCGAGGAGGACGAGGAGGAUACUGAUGACGAUAGCCAGAUAAUCGAGGAAUACGAGUCCUUCCUCGAAAAUGGUGAGGAGGAAGAUGACGACGAUGUUGAUGAGGAUAACGAGGAGAGUGGCGAGGAGGAUGAACAGGACAGCGACGACUCCGAAGCUGAAGAGGAACAGCCAAAGGCCAAGGUUGCCAAGCUCUCUCCUGGCGCUAGCGCCAAGAAAUCUGGCAAGGAGCAGAACGGUGUGGCCAAGAAGGAGGAGGCCAAGCAGCAGCAAAAGAAGAAGGAGAAGCCAGAGGCCAAGAAGGAACAACCCAAGGCCAAGGAGCCAGCCAAGCAGCAACCAGCUUCUAAGGAUCCACGUACUAUCACCGGAGGCGUGAAGAUUGUGGAUCAGGUCGUCGGCAAAGGCGAAGAAGCCAAGCAGGGCAAACGCGUAUCUGUUUACUACAUCGGCCGCCUGCAGUCGAACAACAAGACCUUCGACAGCCUCCUGAAGGGAAAACCAUUUAAGUUCGCCCUGGGCGGCGGAGAGGUCAUCAAGGGCUGGGACGUGGGAGUCGCCGGCAUGAAGGUGGGCGGCAAGCGAGUCAUUACCUGCCCCCCGCACAUGGCGUACGGCGCACGGGGAGCUCCACCGAAGAUCGGACCGAACUCCACUCUCGUCUUCGAAGUGGAACUGAAAGCUGUGCAUUAGUGCACUAUAUUAACAUCAUAUAGACUUGUAAUCCUAAGUAAGUAUCCACGUCGUACAACUUGAUAAAAAUGUUAAAUAAACUCUGUUUUCCGGCUGUUCAUAAAUCAACAGUUUUGUAAC